CAGCUAUACAGAGUCCACUCCACCAUGGUCUCAACCAAACAUUCACCGUUUGUUUGCUCCUCUCGUCUUGCAUCAAACUAACGUACGUGUAGGGAGCUGCUGUUUCACGUCACAUGUUUGUUCUAAUUUCCUGCCCUUGUUCUCGGUAGAAAUCAAGGAUGGUUGCUUACCGACGUUCCGUACUUCUUGUUAACAUUAGCCCCUUGUGUCAUUCCCACGACCAGUUUGUUUCUUUCCAUCGGUCAAGAGAUCAAUGGGAGAUUUACUCCCUCUGGUGUUGUUGUUGCUGCAUGUACAUCACGUGUUUGUUUUAAUGCCCUGCCCUUGUUCAUGGUAAAAAAAAUAAGGAUAUCUAGUUGCUUAACAAAGUCUAGUACUUCUUGCUAAGUGUUUACACUAGUUUGGUGUCUGAAUGUCUGAAUCUCACUUCUCUGGACCUCUAUCUAUAUAACUGAAAGCAUUCAGUAGAGUUGUGUGGCCCGGUCACUUUUGACCGAUCUGCAGUAAACGUGUAUCUAAUCAGGCCCUCAACUGAACCGAAAACUGGUCUGGGGUUGGCAGUAGCGCAUAAUAACCUAGCAAAGUACCAAGUGCUGAUGUACCAACUUCAUGGACCAGUCUUUGCACGCCUUUUUCGCUCUGCUUUUUCAUCGAGUCACCGUCUCAUUUCUCAUCCACUUUUUGUUCUGCCACUGAGGAGUGUUGGUCUGUGACGCGUGACGAAGAUUACAGGCAAGUCAACACCAAGUCAAGUAAAGGUCCCAGAAAAGAAAACACCCGGUCAACUAGUCAAGUGUCCAAGUCUACUUAGGGAGACACAUAUAACACAAGGAAUUCGCACAAGAUGCACUGAAUUAGACAUGGCACCUGCAACAACUCUCCGCUCUCUUCCUCCACAUGGCAUCCUCGCUCUCUUCACCCAUCUUCUCAUAUUGUUCUCGUCCAACACCGUCGCACAAUCCAUCAGCAACGGGUCCGAGGUCGACCGGCAGGCCCUCCUCUCCUUCAAGUCCAGCAUCUCCAGUGAUCCGCGUGGUGUCCUGUCAUCAUGGAGCACCUCGACCAGCUUCUGCAGCUGGAGAGGUGUCACCUGCGGUAUUACUCUUCCAACUCGUGUGGUCUCGCUGAACUUGAACUCUAGAGAACUUACUGGGCAGUUAUCUCCUUGGAUAGCUAAUCUUACGUCACUAGAACAGUUAGACCUUUCAGAAAAUCUCUUCUCUGGAGGCAUUCCAGAGGAGUUAGGCACACUUCAGCAGCUACAGUUUAUGAUCCUUUCAACGAACAACCUUGUAGGUACCAUUCCUAGAUCAUUAGGCACUAGUAGAUCUCUUAAAAAUGUUGAUCUCUCAUCAAACCAGCUUGUCGGCCCUAUCCUAGGUUUCCAUAAGAGGUCAAACCUUCAAUUUCUUGAUCUUUCAAGUAACAACCUUUCUGGAAGCAUACCUUCAUCAUUGGGAAAUGUUUCUUCUCUCACAUAUAUAUGUCUUGACACAAACAUGUUAUCGGGUUCAGUUCCAGAGACUCUGAGCCUUAUUCAGAACCUUAGGAUGCUCAGUUUAAGUAACAACUACCUGUCGGGCCACGUCUCCGCCAAACUCUGUAACAUGUCAUCACUCAUUUAUCUUCGAUUAGACCAGAAUAAUCUUACUGGACGAGUACCAUCUUGCAUUGGAAACACGUUACAGAACCUUAAAUUACUGUCCAUGUCGGGUAACAACUUCGAGGGAUUAAUUCCAUCAUCGCUAGCAAAUGCAUCGAAUCUCCGAUGGAUUGAUCUUGGACACAACUUAUUAGAGGGGCGGAUCCCAUCUCUAGGAUCUUUAUCUAACUUAACCUUUCUAAAUUUAGAAAGUAACUUCCUACAAGCUGAAGGUUGGGAAUUCCUUGUGCCUCUGACAAACUGUGCGCGACUUCAGGCAUUGCAUAUGAAUGGAAAUGCCCUGAAUGGAAAUAUCCCUAUAUCAGUUGGAAAUCUUUCUAGAAGUUUAGUGCGUUUAAUUCUUGGAAACAAUCAAAUUGUGGGCACAAUACCAGUUGAGAUUGUUAACCUUCGAAACCUCCAAAUGCUUGAUAUGGGCCAAAACUUGCUUUCCGGUGUUAUUCCCUCUGUUAUUGGGAAUCUAGGCCAUCUGAUUGUCCUAAACCUAUCAGGAAACAAAUUUUCUGGCCAGAUCCCAUCUACAAUAGGUAAUCUUUCUCGGCUGAACAAGCUUUAUCUACACAACAAUGAGUUGACUGGGAACAUCCCAGCAACUUUAGGAAAUUGCAAGCAACUGUAUAUGCUAGAAUUAUAUUUUAACAGCCUUGAAGGACCAAUACCAAGUGAACUCUUCAGUAGCACAACCCUGAUCGGUUUGGAUUUGUCAAACAACUACCUUACAGGAUCAAUACCACUACAAAUUGGUGGAUUGCUUCAACUUCUCCGACUCGAUAUUUCCUUCAACAAAUUGUCUGGUCAAGUUCCACUUACAUUUGGCGAAUGCGUCCAACUAUCUUCUCUCAGAUUGAGAAGUAACAUGCUUACUGGAAGCAUACCUCGAUCAUUCAGUAACCUGAAGUCCAUCGAGCAGAUCGAUCUUUCCCAGAACUCCCUUGUUGGAAAAAUUCCAGAGUUCUUUGCAAACAUGGAUUAUUUGCAGCAACUUUAUCUUUCUAUGAACUACUUUGAAGGGCCGAUUCCAACUGGUGGCAUCUUUCAGAAUCAUAGUGCGGUAAACUUGGAAGGCAAUGAUGAGCUUUGUGCAAGUGCAGCCACCACCUUAUAUCAAUUCCCAGUUUGCACAACAACAUCAGCUGUUGGGAGCAAGAAGAAUGCACUCUUAUUGGUAAAAGUAAUUCCUCCCGUUGCCAUUGCCCUGAUCUCUUUCAUAUACUUUGUGGUCACUCUUCUGAAGAGAAGGCAAGCAGAAACAAUUACAUGCUACAAGGAGACAAUGAAGAAGAUUUCUUAUGGUGACAUCGUCAAAGCUACCAACUGGCUCUCUCCGAUUAACAAGAUCAGCUCAAGUCGCACCGGCUCGAUCUACAUUGGAAGAUUUGAGUUUGACACGGACUUGGUCGCUAUCAAGUUAUUCCAUCUCGAAGAGAAUGGUGUGCAUGACAGCUUCGCUACCGAGUGCGAGGUGUUGCGAAACACCCGCCAUCGCAAUCUUGUCAAAGCUGUCACCGUAUGCUCGACAGUGGACCUAGAGAACAAUGAAUUCAAGGCUAUAGUUUUCGACUUCAUGGCCAACGGAAGCUUGGACAUGUGGGUGCACCCGAAGCUACACAACAAUAGCCCCAAGAGAGUACUGAGCUUGGGUCAGAGGUUAAGAAUAGCGAUGGACGUCGCGUUGGCUCUGGAUUAUAUGCACAACCAGUUAACGCCUCCUCUAAUCCACUGUGAUUUGAAGCCCGGAAAUGUUCUUUUGGACUAUGAUAUGACCGCAAGGGUUGGUGAUUUUGGGUCAGCGAGGUUUCUCUCUUCUACCCCUGGUAGUCCAGAAGACUUGGUUGGUGUGGAAGGAACAAUUGGAUAUAUCGCACCCGAGUACUGUAUGGGAUACAAAGUUUCACCAGGAUGUGAUGUUUAUGGUUUUGGAAUCCUCCUUCUAGAAAUGCUUACCGGAAGGCGACCGACGGAUGCAAUGUUCACCGGUGGCCUGAGCCUGCACAAGCUUGUGAGCUCAGCAUUUCCAGGCAGACUCAGAGAGGUUUUAGAUCCCCAUUUGUCCCACGAGCAGCAGCGUGCAUGUGACAGAGUGCUUAUGCGGAGAUAUAUGGUACCUCUGGUUGAAGUUGGCCUCCUGUGUUCCACGGAAUCGCCUAAAGAUCGACCGGGAAUGGGAGAAGUUUGUGCCAGAAUUUUGUGUCUCAAAGAGGCAUUCUUUGAGUUCUGCUGAUUAACCUGCAGAUCUACACGUUCUUGAAUAAAAAUCUGUGACGUGGAUACUUUGCUGUAUAUCUUGGUUCAAUAGACCUCUAGUUAUUAAUAUUUGAAUUAGAAAGAGUACAUGUUCAGUACUAGAGCUCCCUAUGUUGGAAAACUAGUACGUACUGUAUUUCCUAAUUGUGUUAUUUGUAUCUAGAGUAUAUUUCUAGAACCGAUGUGCAUCUGAUCAUCUGUAUUGACUGAAAUUUCUGAGCAACAAUGCUUAAUUCUUAGUGAAAACAUACUUCAAUUCUUGGUGAAAUUUCUGCGUUCACUGGAGUCAAUUGCAAGAAACUACCACAUUUGCGGCUAGGUUUGCAGAAA